GGAGCCGCCGCCGCUCCGCAUUCCUCCGUCUUCCUAAAAGGGGCUAACAUGGCGAUGGGCAGGAUGAGGUGAAGAAGAGAAGGAGGAGAGGAGGGAAAAAAAAAAGAAAAAAAAAAAAAGGAAAAAAAGGAGAAAAAAAAAAAAGAAAAAAAGGGGGAGAGGAAAAAAAGGAAAAAAGGAGGAGGAAAAAAAGAAGGAAAAGAGGGACGGGGGAUGCAAGCAGGGCUGGCAGCAGCGGCGCGAUAAUUUCCCCCCCCACCUCCUCCAAAAAAAAAAAAAAAAAACCAGCAAAAAAAGCCAGCCAAAAAAAAAAAAAAAAAGAAAAAAAAAAAAAAGCAACCAACCCAGCAAACCACCCAACCCAACAUUUCUUUUUUUUUCAUGGAGAGCAAAAACCCCAGGCAAGCGGAGGAGGACCGGGACUCCUUUGCGCGGAGACCUUUGCAUCAAAAUGCUGAUAGUCGAAAAAACGACUGACUACCCUUCGGCUGAGUACUCCCUGGUGGAGGAUGUAGCCCUCCACUUCACGUGUUUGAUGGACAGACUGAACGAGCAGCGCCUCUUUCAGCCGGACCUGUGCGACGUGGACAUCGUGCUGGUGCAGCACAAGAGCAUCUUCCCAGCGCACAAGGGGGUCCUGGCAGCCUACAGCCAGUUCUUCCACUCCCUCUUCACCCAAAACAAGCAGCUGCAGCGCGUGGAGCUCUCUCUGGAGGCCCUCACCUCGCAGGGCCUCCAGCAGAUCCUCAACUUCAUCUACACCUCCAAGCUCCUCGUCAACUCCUGCAAUGUGCAGGAUGUGCUGAACGCGGCUGCCGUGCUGCAGAUGAACAACAUUGCCUCCUCCUGCCAGGACCUCCUCGACACCCGCUCGCUCAGCCUGGCCGCCGACAUGGCCCUGCCCGCUGAGGGCUGUGCUGGACCCCCCCCGUACUACUGCGAGAUCAAGCAGGAGGUGGAUGCCCCCCACCCCAAGAUCUACGCCCGGGAGGGCAACGACCCCUACUCGGUGCGGGUGGAGGACGGAGCAGGUGGUGGGGCGCUCCCCCCUGUUCCAGCCAAGCAGUACUACAAGGAGGAGAAGGACGGUGGUCCAGGUGCUGUCUGUAAGAUGGAGGGCGAGGAGUCCGAGGAGGACCUGGACAACCAGAGCUCGUACAACCGGGAGCAAAUCAUCGUGGAGGUGAACCUCAACAACCAGACCCUCAAUGUCUCCAAGGGCAUGGAGGGGAAGGCAGCCACCAGCGAGGCAGCCGUGAUGGGGCGACCUGACGGUGAUGGGCGUGACACAGAGGAGGAUGGGGAGGAGGAAAAUGAGGAAGGGGAGGAGGAGGAGGAAGAGGAGGAGGAUGCAGAUGUGGGUGAGGAGGAGGAGGAGGAGCACAGCGAGGAGGAAGACCUGGAGGAGACGACAGAAGAAGAGGACGAUGACGAUGACGAUGAAGACGCGUUGGAGGUGAAAAGGGAAAAGGGUGGGCAGCCCCGCAGAGGCAGCCGAGCUUCCAAAGCCACCAAACCUGCCAUGGCAACCAGGUCCCAGGAGAUUGCCAAGGUGGAAGAGGAGGAGGAGGAGGAAGAGGAAGGCCAGCGAGGGAGGAAGAGGAAAAAGGAACAGGACAGUUUGGGCCAGAAGGUGAAGCUGGAGGAGAAGCAGCACUACCCGUGCAAGAAGUGCCCCCGGGUCUUCAACAACCGCUGGUACCUGGAGAAGCACAUGAACGUCACACACAGCCGCAUGCAGAUCUGCGACAAGUGUGGCAAACGGUUCCUGCUGGAGAGUGAGCUGCUGCUGCACCACCAGACCGACUGCGAGAAGAACAUCCAGUGUGUGACAUGCGGGAAGGGGUUCAAGAAGCUCUGGUCCCUCCACGAGCACAACAAGAUUGUCCAUGGCUAUGCUGAGAAGAAGUUCUCCUGCGAGAUCUGCGAGAAGAAGUUCUACACCAUGGCACACGUGCGCAAACACAUGGUUGCUCACACCAAGGACAUGCCAUUCACCUGCGAGACUUGCGGGAAGUCCUUCAAGCGCAGCAUGUCCCUCAAGGUCCAUUCGCUCCAGCACUCUGGGGAGAAGCCUUUUAAAUGUGAGAACUGCAACGAGCGCUUCCAGUACAAGUACCAGCUGCGCUCCCACAUGAGCAUCCACAUUGGCCACAAGCAGUUCAUGUGCCAGUGGUGCGGCAAGGACUUCAACAUGAAGCAGUACUUCGAUGAGCACAUGAAGACACACACGGGUGAGAAGCCCUACAUCUGCGAGAUCUGCGGGAAAAGCUUCACCAGCCGCCCCAACAUGAAGCGGCACCGCCGGACCCACACAGGCGAGAAGCCGUACCCGUGCGACGUCUGCGGCCAACGCUUCCGCUUCUCUAACAUGCUCAAAGCCCACAAGGAGAAAUGUUUCCGCGUCAGCAACCCCUUGGCUUCGGACACAGCCGCCCCCCAACCCACCGCCAGCCUGGCUCCGCUGCCCCCUGGCCCUGGCGUCUCCCCCCUGCCCCUGCCGCUGCUCCAUCCUCUUCCACAGACCCUCCCUCCUCCUCCUCACCUACCACCACCCCCUCCCCUGUUUCCCGCAGGGAGGAUAAAUUCGAACAACAACUAGGUGCCCCCACUCCAGCCCUGUGCCCGCACGGACUGCUCUGCCCUUCGGGAACGCCUCCCUCCGGGGAGCCAAGGCUUCGCUUGCUCUCUACCCCCCUUCCUCCUCGUUUUGGGGUUGUUUUGGGGUUUUUUUUCCCUUUUUCUCACCCGUCAUUCUCCACGGAGAGGGGUAGCAGGAGGAAGCCUUCCCCCCGAGGACUGUGGGUGUUGCGGGGGGAGCCAUUGUCCGUCCGUAAGGGUGUAGGUGAUAGGCAUCACUUUCUUGUUUCACCUUCCUGCGCAUCAGCUUCAUCCUCAUGCCGGGAUGCUGGCGAGGCUCGGAGGAGCAAGAUGCUGCACAGUCCAGGGUUGAGCUCACCGGCGUCGUGCGCCUGCUCGCUAGCCGAAUGACUGCCUACCAGCACUUCAGUAUUUAUGACAAGCUGAAAUCUAGCUAGUGGUGCUUGAAUCCCCGUACUGUAAAUCUGGUCUUUCAAUUCAGGCUCUUUUCCCAAGAGGUUGAGAGGUGGGCACCACAGAGGAGCCCCCGCUGGCCCCAUCUGCUCUCCCUGGUGGCCCGCGGCAAGCGAGCAGAUGUCCCUGUUGGAAAGCCAUCAGCCCGCUCUUGUUAGCAGCCCUCAACAUGUCUUCCUUCCCCGCGACAGCUUUUCCUCCUCAAUGGGCAAAAGCACAAACACCAGUGUUGCAUCUUGGGGCAGCAGCAGCUUGCUGUCCGAUCAUUUUUGGGGUGUCCUAGGGGAGCUGGGCUCUGGCGUGCCCUUUCUGCUUAUCCCAGCAGGAGCUGGACUUCUGGGGAUGCUCAGGAGUUGGCAAGGUGUCCCUGGGAGAGCUCCGAUGGCUUCAGGACCAGUGGGAGGGUGGCCUAGGACAGAGAAGCAGGACACCGCUGUUACUCGGCAGAAUCGGCCCAGAAUAGUGCCUUAACAAUUUGAAUAAACCCCUGACUGAUGGGUGAGCCCUGGGUUGGGUCCCAUUGCAAGGUACAGAGCUAAAGCAAGACCGCGUUCAGCCUGAUGGCGAUGUCCCAUCCUCCAGCAUGUUGCCUGUGUCGCUCUCCCAAGCUUUGCCUCCCCCUGUGGGGCUGGCAUCUGUUGCUCUGCCCUGGCUUGAGGGGACCACAGGGGACUGGUGAAGGUUGUGGUUGCUUUGGUGAUGCCCCACGGUGUUGGCUAGUGCUUCUCUGACCACGUUGUGUUUGUUGAAGUUGAGCUGGUCUUCGGUUUCAGUUAUGCAGGCUGGCUUCAUGCUGGCAGAGGAGAAGAGGAAGGCUUCGCUGUUGUUACCUUUGUGUUGGAGGCUGGCAUCCAAGCUGAGUUUCUGCCCUGGGGUGCCAGGUGUUGGCUUGACCACAGUUUCAUGGUCUCCCUGCCUCGGAAAGUGCCCCCUUUGGGGUCAGGGGAACUGGGAGCGCUGCAGGGGCUGGCUGCACAGCAUCCAGCACGGGCAGAGAGAUGCUGGCCGAGAGGUGGGGUGCCUUGCAGCUGGUGCUUUGCUCCCAAGGCCAGUGCUGUGGAUGCGUGCGGAUGGUGGGUCAGGUUGUGAAGGAGGUGAUGAGCAGGGCAGUUGGUAGGCAGGAAGGAAGAGAGGGCAGUGAGCAGGCUGUAGGAGGCCUUUCUCAUUUGCACCUUGUUCUGGGUGAUGGCAGGGUGCUGGGGGCAUCGAGCCACAUCUGGCUCUGCAAGGAGUCUUGGUGCUUCAUCUCCUGGACCAAGUCAGCAAAGCAGUUGGGCAGCAGUGAGGCUGUCCCUGCAGAGAUGGGGGGAUUCAGCCACGUGCGCAGGGGCUUUGCUGACCAGGGGCGUGCAGGAGCAUUAGCCUGGUAGGGGCAGGACAGGGGAGCACUUGCUCUUUGCCUGGGUGCUCUUUGAGGUGACGGGUUAGGUGGCUGGUGUCCCCUCCUGCUGAGCGGUGCCUGCCCUGUGCCUGACGUCUGUGGAAAGCUGGUUGUUGUUGUGAAUGUUAGCAUUUUGGAGCAACAAACUGCUUUUCAUCCUCAUGUUGGCUGGGAUCCUGUGGACCUCCAGCACUGCUGUCAGUACCAGUAAGCUUACCCUCAUCUCCAUCUGCUUUGAGCAAAAGGAGGAUGCUAUGGCAGAGCUGCCUUGCUGUGUUGACCUUUUCAGAUGGGUACCAAAGGCUUCUCUGCUCUCCUUCCUCCAUGACCCUGGGGCUUAUUGGGAUGGUGCAAACUCUUCUCAAGCACACACCCAUGAGGGAUGCGGGCACUCAGCUCUUGGGGCCAUUGGGUUUCUGAAGGGACCGUGACCCAGACUGGAAGAUGUUUGCUUUAGAGAAGUGUUCAAUGAUACCCUUGGAGGUGUUGGAGAGCCUCAGUAGAGUGGUCUGUGCUGUCUCCUCUUCCCCUGUCUCCCAGAUCCUAUCCACUUGGGCUGUCUUGUGCUUCUAUCCCCUCACACUCAGCCUUGAGAUGAGAUGGGGGCACUGCACCCCAAGAAGGGCUUACCUUGCCUGUGUGGUCUCCUGUGAUGGAGCCCACCAGCCUGUGUGGCUGGUAGACUUCUCCCCCCAAGUAAACACCCACGCCAACAUGUGCUCCCUUGUACUGCUCACCUGGAGGUGGCUUUCCCUGUCCCAGUUGAUCUUCUCCCAGUGAGGACCUGUCCCGCUUGGAUGGCACUGUGAGAUGAGAGCACCUCGUUGAGGCUAGAAGCCAGUGGAAAGCCCAGUGACUGAUCCCAGCCGCGUCCGAUCCCCUUCGAGAGCCUGCUCAUAGAGCCACUUGGAGACGUCGAGAUGUGACCAUGCACACAGCACUUUGGAGAACCAGAUCCCUGCUGCUCCCUCCCCUCUCCAAGGCCUGGGCAGUUCCCAGGAGUCCUACAUGGUCUCCGAGCCCUUUUGUCUACACCCUUACUUGGCCACAAUGUGUCUCUUCAUGUCUGGUUUUCGUUAAUGUACUAAGAGCUCAAACAAGACGCUCCUGCAGCGUCUCAUCCUGCAUCCAUCCCGGUCGGCCCUGUUGGCACCUGUUGGGUUAGACGGGGUGGAAGGCGGGGGAGUUGGGUCUGUUGUUUUCAAGCUUUUAAUGUUUUAUUUUAAAAUUUUUAUUUUUUUUUUUUUUUUAACUCUUGCACCUUAAUCUCUCACAUCCCUUCUUUGGCAGACCGCGAGGGUGGAGAGGAGCUUGAUUUCCAUUACGCAGUUCAUGAAUAUGCCGCAACAUUCAGCUGACAGCUCUGCCCAUGCGCCUAACCCCAGACCUGUCCGGGUUGUAAUUUUGCCCCCCCCCCCCCUUCAUUUGCACUCUGGGGAGGGAGGGAGUCACGUGGGGAGGGUCAUUUUUGGUUUAUAGAUCCCAGGAGCCUGGUAGCACAGACCAGUUAGCCUCAUCACAUGCGUGAGGCACAGCUGGCCCUUCGGACCACAGCCAUAACCCCAGCGCGGUGGGAAGGAGAUGAUGGAUGGACGGCCGGCAGGUGGGAACGGCUGUGACAGUGCAAUAGAGACGAGCAUCCGCUGCUAGACAACUCCACUGAUCAAACUCUUGGUUUGGCCGAAGUCGAGAGGGAAGGAUGGACGGACAGACACCCUUUGUUCACACGGAUGGAGAGAGCUUCCCCACGCGCAGCCCUGCCUAGUGACACGUAACCAUGACGGGAGUUGGGUCGAACUUGCUAAAGGAAGAAAAUAAUAAUUAGAACGAGGGAAAAAUUGGAGUAAGAACAACCUCAGUAGCAUGGAACUUGAAGGAAACUAAUGAAACCCCAAGCACUUGCCUCAAAACUAGUUUCUCAUGCCUGGUGUUUGGCUCUGUUUAUUCUACGGCAUUCAGUAUCGGUUGCCCAAACAUGCCAAGUUAAAGAGUGUAUUGGUGGCUCUACUAGUGUGAACAAACUAAACAAAGCACUUUAUUCUGUAUAGAUAAGGGAAGGCGGGGAGGGGAGGGGAAGCUUGGAUGCUUUUCGGAAGCAUCUUAAGUAAUGUUCUAGGAAAUGUAUUAUUAUUAUUCCUUUUUUUUUUUUUUAUGACCAUGUGUAAUCAAUAUAUGUUUAUCUUUAACUCCAA